AUGGCUCUUCUGACCUCUUUCCUGGUUGCACUGGCAGCAUGUCUCCCUGUGGACCAGGAUGACGUGUACGUUUAUGCAGGCGUUGAAUACGGGGACACGUGCUUUUGCGGCAAUGGUAUUGACAACCAAGGCGUACCGGCGGAUUCUUCGAACUGCGACAUAGCAUGCACUGGAGAUUCGAGCGAGACCUGCGGCGGUGAUUACUACUUGGAUAUCUACUGGAGCGGUGAUCCGCCGCCGCCGCCGCCGGUCACCGUCUACCAGGUUGGACAUUGGGUGCUGCUGGGCUGUUACAGCGACGCGGACGGUGCGCGCACACUCACCACUACUUCCGAUCUUGCGCCAAGUUCCGUCACCGUCGAGUCUUGCACGUCCUACUGCUACGAUGGCGGAUUCAACUACGCCGGAGUCGAGUACGAUCAGCAGUGCUACUGCGGCCUCGCCAUUGAGAACGGAGGCCAACCGAUCAAUUUGGGCAACUGCGACAUGGUCUGUGCAGGCAACACCUCCGAAUAUUGCGGCGGCUCUUAUACUCUCGAUGGUAAAGGUGCGAUGCGUCGACCGGCCACUGAUGCAGAACAGGGUGACCCUAUGACCUGA